CUCCCACCCCUUACAAAACUGUUCUCCUUUUUCAUGAAAAGAAAACAGCAUUCACUCUUCAAUCUCUCUCUUCACUUUUCCAAGAAAAGAACUCUUCAACAUCAAGUCUUUGCCUUUGUGUUUUUCCUCUUUGACAGUUUUCUUACAUCUCUCUUUCUUUAUUUCAUGUCUCUUUUUUUCCCUCUUUAGAAGUUUGAAACCAAAGGCCAAACAAAACUUUAAGGGGGGCUCUAAUUUGCAUGGCAAUCAUUUACUACUACUUAUAUAUCAUAUUAUUCCUUAGUAUCUUCAAAUUACACUAAAGUUUAAAGUUGUACCUUCUAAAUUCUAAUACCUCCUACCUUUUUUUCUCUUUUCUUGGAUCUUCUUCUUCUUCAACUUCUUCAUUUCUUCUCUCUUUUUGACUGAUAAAGUUCUUAAUUUUCCAUUCCCAAGAAAAUAUUCAAGAGACAUAUAGUAGUUCAAAGUACAAAAGGGAACAAAUUUGCCAACUUGAUGAAGGUAUAUUUACACCUUUAGAUCUAUAAAAAUAUUCUCCCCCAUCCCAACAAAGUCCUUUUUUUUGGGCUUUGAUUCAAAAACUAGGUGCCAAUAUCAUUCAUUAAAUUAUUAUUUUUUUGUUACAUUUGUACUGCUAUAACUUAUUGUUAGUGGGGAUAUUUUUUUUUGGCCAAAAAAAAAUGCUUAGGCAAAAUUUGUAUGGAGAUGGAAGAAGCGGAGGAAAAUGCAACAAUAAGGUGAGAAAAAGGGGAGGAUCAACAUCAAGUUCAUCUUCAUUAAUACAAAGCUAUAGAUUAAAAAGGGCAAUAUUAGUUGGGAAAAAAGGAGGGUCAAGUACACCAGUACCAAUGUGGAAAAUGAAUAAUUCAAGAUCACCAUCAUUACAAAAUGAUAGUAAUUGUAAGUCAUUCAAGAUUCUACAGCAGCAGCAAACAACAGCAGCAAAAGUUAUUGGUUCUGAAAAAGGGAAAGAAAUACUGUCAGUUUCAGCAAGAAAACUUGGUGCUACUUUAUGGGAAAUUAAUGGUGUUCUUACACCUAAUAAAAAGGAAGAGGAGAAUUUUGAUGGAGUUGAAAGGGUUGUUAAGUCAUCUUCCAAAUUUGAUUCUGUUGCUUUGCAAUUAUCUCAUAGUCCUGUUUCUGAGAGAAUGGAGAGAUCUAAAGUGGGAAGUCAUAGAAGAAGAACUUCAAUUGGUUCUCAGAAACUUGUGCAGACUGAUUUCUCUCUCCAAAAUGGUUGCUCAAUUGAGGCUAUGCAGGUUGAUCAGACACAACAAAAUCAUGCACAGACUGUAAACAGACAUCGGUUAAAGGAUGUAAGGAAUGGCCUCUCCGCGUCUAAGGAGUUGCUGAAAGUUUUGAAUCGCGUAUGGGGCCUUAACGAGCAUCAAUCAAUGUGCUUAUCUCUUUUCUCGGCUAUAAAAGCUGAGCUUGAUCGGGCAUGUAUUCAGGUGACUAAACUAAUUCACGAACAAAGAUAUAACAACAGUGAAGUUGAUGUCCUCUUGAAGCAAUUUGAAGAAGAAAAGGCGGCUUGGAAGUUAAAAGAGCAUGACAAGAUUCACACUGCCAUUACAUCUAUAGCAAAGGAGCUCAAGAUAGAGAAGAAGCUGAGGAAGCAAACCGAGAGACUAAACAAGAAGCUCGGUAAGGAAUUGGCUGAUACGAAAAAUUCUCUGUCAAAGGCUGUCAAAGAGCUUGAAGGCGAAAAGAGGGCACGAGAGAUAUUGGAGCAAGUAUGCGAUGAGUUAGCUAGAGGUAUUGGAGAAGAUAGAGCUGAGGUGGAAGAAUUGAAGAGACAAUCAGCUAAAGUUCGCGAGGAAGUUGAGAAGGAAAGGGAAAUGCUUCAACUAGCUGAUGUUUUACGCGAGGAAAGAGUUCAAAUGAAGCUAUCAGAAGCCAAGUAUCAAUUCGAGGAGAAAAAUGCAGUUGUCGAUAAGCUAAGGAAUGAGCUCGAGGCUUAUCUGAGAUCCAAAAAGGGACAAGAACAAGGCGGUGAUGACUCUCCUAAUUAUGAAAGAAUCAAGGAACUCGAAAAGCAUUUGAGGGAAACACUUCCAACCACAUGUUAUUACCAAGAUAAAGAGAAGGAAAAUGCGAAAGUACUAAGUAAAGAAGACGAUGAAGAAGAAGAGGAUGAUGACGACGAUGAUGAUGAUUCAGCUGAUAGUGAUCUACAUUCAAUUGAAUUAAACAUGGAUGAUAACACAAAAAGCUAUCAAUGGGGAAGUACUCUUCAGAAUGAUCCUAAGAGAUUUUCGGUUUCUGACAAAAGCAAAGGGAGGAGGUCCAUUUCUGAGAAAUUUCCAGCACAAAGUAUUUCCAUAGAGAGGGAAACUUCAGAUGGAAUAGAAUGGGAAUUCACCGCGGGAGGGAAAGAGAACGUGGACACGUUCGAGCAGGAGAGGUCCAACGUUCUUGAAAAUGGAGGGAUUUUCGAGUUCUCUUCUCAAGUUUGGAAAAAAGAAUGUGAAGAUGAGAUAGAGAGGUACAAAAUGAUCAAGGAUCUUCGUGACCAUAUCGUGUCUUCUACUUCGAGGAAAACACCAACUCAAGGCUUUUCGAGUCCAACUAAGAAUUGGAGCCAACAGAAUUUGCCUUCCAAUGAUGCUGAAAGAGUGAUCAAUGAGGCUUUUGCUGUAUUGCAGGGAGCUAAUUGAAGAAACGCUAGAGUUUAUUGGCCUUUAAGUCACUCUCCUUCUGCAGUUUGAUAGUACAUUGUUUACAUAAUUACAUGAAAAUAUUUUCUGCUGUUUUUGUCUGAAACCUAUAGCUAAACAUCCAAUCUCAUUACAAUUUUGUGGUUUGCCCCUUUGUAUGACAUAAAACUGUACAAAUUUUUGCUACUCUUCUUUUGGUUAUAGAGAUGCCAUAAGUAUAUUA